AUGGCGUUUCUAAUCAUUAUUGACACGCUGGGUAACUGUAUUUUUGACGAUACUGAUAUUCUCAAAGAAAGAUAUUUCUUGGAUAGCAAUGGUUGGACCAUUGAGCAGGUUGGUACUCCUAUCACGUGUCCUGGAUACAUCAAGGCUUGGAAAUGGUUUCCAUCCGAAUCUGCCAGUUUCCUUGGGCUAGUGUGGCGGCCCACAAAUUCUUCUACUAUGGAGUAUGAGGUAAUAGGUUGUACUAUUUUGCCCACUGUUGCUGAAACAAACAAAAUCCACUCAUACAAGCUACCAAUAUCUAAAUGGAUUCCAGUGGAGGCCGGUGAUAUUAUUGGAUUCAAAUUCGACCAGGCUCUUAAUAAGUAUGACUUUAACGAAAGUUCUCCGAUUGAAUUCGCGCAGUCAAUUGCCUUCAGAGACUUCGUUAUUGGUUCUCGACACACGUUAACAGACCAUAAAGGCUUAAGAACCUACUCAUUUAUGGCAAUUCAUGAAGGAUAUAUUGAUAGUCGAUUUAUUUCUAAAACGAAAUGCAAGCGAUUCGCCACAAUGAAGAAAGUUGAACCGGGCGGAAUGUUACAGGGUCACGUGAUAAAAAGUUUUCAGAGACCGUCUGCAAUUUUAUGUGUUGUGUCUUGCGAAAGGGAUCCACGAUGUAUGUCACUCACCUAUGAAAAGGAACACCAAGUGUGUCAUUUAAAUGACUUAAAAAAGGAGGAAACGAAUGAAUUUAUUAUUGCGGACAAUCUUUACUACUACGAAUUUAGUUAUGCGCAUUUUCAGGGCUGUGAAGCUGGUACGGUACACAAUGAGAACACCUGCUGGGAUACACGCGUUUGCAAAUGUCUUGAAUGUGGUGGUGGUGGUUGUCUAUCUAAAGACUGGAACUUGGUAUUCAAGGGCGUGGCCGGAACUGGAUCUGCUAUUUAUACAGGCUUUGUCAAUGGAACUGGAACAUCAGAAACUGAGGAAGCGGCAUCGUUUAAAUCACCGAUAAACUUUAGAUUGCAUUAUAUCUUUGAGCACUGGUCAUUUUUACCUAUCAUGCAAGUGAAAUUAACUCUGUUUUCAAAAUCAGCCGAUGAGUUGGUAUCUUUGAUUUUUGACGGUGUUGAUUCAACAAAAACCUCGUGGUAUGCUGUGGAUAAGUUGAUAACUUCACCGUGGAAGGAUUUGACAACAGAAACCAUAUGCAAUUUUUUCAGCAUAUAUGGCCUUGUUGAGAUUAAUCGGAUUUAUCGUAGAUUCUAUAUUAAUAACAAUCAUGGUGGGUGUCUGAGUGACAUGGGAUGGCUAUUAGUCAUCGAAAACCUUGGACUCGGCUGUGGAUGGGAAAACGUACCGGAUUUACCAGCUUUCCUCUACAGUUCCUCUGAUGUAAAACAGAAAUGGUCUACUGGUUCCAUUGGAAGAGCCUAUAUAAUGACAGUACACAUCAUGUACGGUUAAUCAGCUUUCGGGAGAUUACCGAUAUUCAUAGAUUUUAUAUACACCAAUUAAUCGUAUUUUUAGUUUAUACAACUUCUUAUUGUCAGUAAUAUAUAUUGUACGUGAAAAAGUGGAAUACAAUUUUAUGAUAUUAAUAUUGAUGUCCGAUGAUAAACACAAAUUCAUAACUAUAGUGUUCGUUUAUAGCAAAGAAAUUCGGGAUUGUGUCUAAUUAAUUCACCUCUUGAUUUUGGGAUUUCUGAUUGGAUCAUAUGACAAAAUCUUUCUCUAUGAUUUAAUAACUUGUUUAUCUAUACAUUUAUAAUUAAGAUAGAUUGGAACUGUGACAAAAUUUCGCUUGAAAGUGACAAUCAUGCUGUGGGAAAGUUUAUGUCCAAAUUACCAAUAAUAUAUCAAAAUUUAGUAAACUAAUUUAGGUGUUAGUUGAAAGUUAGGUUGAAACAAAGUUCAGACAUUCAACAGGUUGAAGGGUAUCUAUAUACAAAUUCUAAUAGUUAUGUAGCCACCCAGUAAAUUAAAUAAUGAAUGAAAGUUAAAAAAAAAAAAGAAGAAUUAUGAAAAUUGU